UCAGAGGUCGUGCGUCCGCAGCCCCGCCCCGCCCGCUGGCGUUAGGGACCCGCGGAGCUCUGGGCGCCUGAGAAGCUGGUGUGCGGCCGGACGCGGGGUCCGAACGGGAGAGAAGCGACCAUGGUGCUCCAUAGUUUGGAUAAGAUGAUUCAACUCCAGAAAAACACUGCCAACAUCAGGAAUAUCUGUGUGUUGGCUCACGUGGACCAUGGAAAAACAACUCUUGCUGACUGUCUUAUAUCUAGCAAUGGAAUCAUCUCCAGCCGCCUGGCAGGCAAGUUACGGUACAUGGACAGCAGAGAAGAUGAACAGGUCCGAGGCAUCACUAUGAAAUCCAGUGCCAUCUCACUGCAUUAUGCAGAUGGUGAUGAGGAGUACCUGAUUAAUCUGAUAGACUCUCCGGGACACGUGGAUUUCUCCUCAGAAGUCUCGACAGCCGUGCGCAUUUGCGAUGGGUGCAUCAUUGUAGUCGACGCCGUGGAAGGAGUCUGUCCACAGACACAGGCAGUUCUGCGACAAGCCUGGCUUGAAAACAUCCAUCCAGUUUUAGUGAUUAAUAAGGUCGAUCGCUUGAUAGUGGAACUGAAAUUCACCCCACAGGAGGCCUAUUCUCAUCUCAAGAAUAUUUUAGAACAGAUCAAUGCACUCACAGGAGCUCUUUUUACUUCUAAAGUCCUAGAAGAAAGAGCAGAGAGAGAGACUGAAUCCCAGGGGAACCCCAGUUUUGACCCAAGAGAGCAAGUGUACGACUGGAGCGCUGGCUUGGAGAACACGGAUGAUUCUCACCUUUACUUCUCCCCAGAUCAGGGGAAUGUGGUGUUUACAAGUGCAAUCGAUGGGUGGGGCUUCGGAAUUGAGCACUUUGCCAAAAUCUACAGUCAAAAAAUCGGCAUCAAAAAGGAAGUGCUUUUGAAAACAUUGUGGGGAGAUUAUUAUAUAAACAUGAAGGCUAAGAAGAUUAUGAAGGUUGAUCAGGCAAAAGGAAAGAAACCGUUAUUUGUACAGUUAAUCCUGGAAAAUAUAUGGAGUUUGUAUGAUGCCGUCUUGAAAAAGGACAAAGAAAAAAUUGAUAAAAUAGUGACUUCCUUAGGAUUAAAAAUUGGAGCCCGGGAGGCACGACAUUCCGAUCCUAAAGUGCAGCUCAACGCCAUGUGCAGUCAGUGGCUGCCCAUAUCCCAGGCUGUGCUUGCUAUGGUGUGUCAGAAACUUCCUAGUCCUCUUGAUAUUUCCGCCGAGAGAGUGGAGAGACUGAUGUGCGCGGGACCACAAGCAUUUGACACUCUUCCUCCGGAAACCCAGGCGCUGAAAGCAGCUUUUAUGAAAUGUGGAAGUGAAGAUACUGCUGCAGUUAUUAUCUUUGUUUCCAAAAUGUUUGCUGUUGAUACUAAGGCUUUGCCUCAGAAUAAGCCCAGGCCUCUCACUCAGGAAGAAAUUGCUCAGAGGCGUGAGCGGGCGAGACAAAGACACGCAGAGAAGCUCGCGGCAGCGCAGGGCCCAGCGCCCGGGGACCCCACCGCAGACGGGCGUGCCCUGGAAACAAGCCCAGAGGCAGAGGACCCAAAAGGUGAUGAGCUACAGGUGGCGAGUAUGACCCCUACACCUGUGCCUCAGGAAGGAAACAACCAAGAGACUUUUAUUGCAUUUGCUCGGGUGUUCAGUGGUGUGGCUCGAAGAGGAAAGAAAAUUUUUGUCUUGGGGCCCAAAUAUAGUCCUGUUGAGUUUUUGCAGCGGGUGCCAUUAGGCUUCUCAGCUCCACUAGAUGACCUCCCCCCAGUCCCCCACAUGGCGUGCUGCACUCUGGAACACCUGUACCUCCUGAUGGGAAGGGAACUGGAAGACCUAGAGGAGGUACCUCCAGGAAACGUGCUCGGAAUAGGGGGCCUUCAAGACUUCGUGCUGAAAUCUGCAACGCUGUGUAGCCUGCCAUCCUGCCCGCCGUUCAUACCGCUCAACUUUGAAGCCACCCCGAUUGUGAGGGUUGCUGUUGAACCAAAACACCCAAGUGAAAUGCCUCAGCUCGUCAAAGGAAUGAAGCUAUUAAACCAAGCUGAUCCCUGUGUCCAAAUUCUAAUUCAGGAAACGGGAGAGCACGUUUUAGUCACAGCAGGAGAAGUCCACCUUCAGCGAUGCCUGGACGACUUAAAAGAAAGGUUUGCAAAGAUUCAAAUCAGUGUAUCUGAACCCAUUAUUCCAUUCAGAGAAACAAUCACAAAACCCCCCAAAGUGGACAUGGUCAAUGAAGAAAUAGGCAGACAACAGAAAGUUGCAGUCAUACACCAAAUGAAAGAAGAUCAAAGCAGAAUCCCUGAGGGAAUCCAGGUUGACUCCGAUGGGCUGGUAACUAUGACAACUCCCAACAAAUUGGCCACACUGAGUGUGCGGGCCGUGCCCCUUCCAGACGAAGUCACUCGGAUUCUGGAAGAAAAUAGUGAUUUGAUUCGUUCUAUGGAGCAGCUGACAUCAUCUUUGAAUGAGGGCAAAAACACUCAUAUGAUUCACCAGAAGGCCCAGGAGAAAAUCGGGGAAUUCAAAGGAAAACUAGAGCAACACCUAACAGGGAGAAAAUGGAGGAAUACUGUUGACCAAAUCUGGUCGUUUGGCCCAAGAAAAUGUGGGCCCAACAUAUUAGUAAAUAAAACCGAAGAUUUUCAGAACUCUGUGUGGACAGUCUCAGCUGGCAAAGCUUCCAAAGACACCAGCAGAUACCGAGAUGUGGGCAACAGCAUUGUGAGUGGCUUUCAGCUGGCAACUCUCUCCGGCCCCAUGUGUGAGGAGCCGCUCAUGGGUGUCUGUUUUGUUCUGGAAAAACUGCACCUAAAUAAGUUUGAGGAACAGGGAGCAAGUGAUAAACAGAAUGCAGAACAAAGUGAUCUGGUGAAAGACGGAUUGGGGGAUGGUGAAACCUGUUCUGGGGGGCCUGGAAACCACGAGCUCCCCAGUGGCCAUGCCGAGCCGUUUGCGAAGAGGGUUUCGCCGAAAGCAGAGUCUUCGCUCACUGACUGCUACGGGCCCUUCUCGGGACAGCUGAUCGCCACCAUGAAGGAAGCGUGUCGCUAUGCUCUGCAAGUAAAGCCUCAGCGUCUGAUGGCCGCCAUGUACACGUGCGACAUCAUGGCCACCAGUGAUGUGCUCGGCCGGGUCUAUGCUGUCUUGUCCAAGAGAGAAGGCCGAGUGCUGCAGGAGGAAAUGAAGGAAGGGACGGACAUGUUUAUCAUCAAGGCUGUGCUGCCCGUCGCCGAGAGCUUCGGCUUUGCCGACGAAAUCAGGAAGAGGACCAGCGGCCUGGCCAGCCCGCAGCUGCUGUUCAGCCAUUGGGAGGUCAUUCCCAGCGACCCCUUCUGGGUGCCAACCACCGAGGAAGAGUAUUUGCACUUUGGGGAGAAGGCUGAUUGUGAGAACCAGGCCCGGAAGUACAUGAACGCGGUACGGAAGCGCAAGGGGCUGUGCGUGGAGGAGAAGAUUGUGGAGCACGCGGAAAAGCAGCGAACCCUCGGCAAAAAUAAGUAACUACUCUGGGGAUUCUCUGCUUUCUAAUAAAGUACAAAGGAUCCCCCAAGGCUCGAUCCUGGAAAACUGUUUUGUGCUGCAUCGUCUCUGUGCAUUCACUUUCAAUAAAGCCGAUCCACACAAGUA